AUGCUCACAUCGAUCUUCUUCGGAUUUCUCCUUUUCUCUAUUCUCACCCGCGCAUCGGUGUCAGACACUCUGCACCUCACAGCCAUUGUAGGAAAAGAUGGCGUCUCUCAAAUGGAGUGCUGGUCUCUACUGCCCCGGUAUGCAGUAUCAAGCCAGUCCGGAACGGUGGGAAGCAAACAGCUUCAAUUAGGUUUACUGGCAAACGGGUCAUAUACCAUGUUCCCCCUCCCUGGGCCGUACAAUGCUGGGUUGCACAAUGCUCCAAAUUUCCAAUAUGUCAUUCUUCUCGCCGGAAAUGCAACUGUGACCUUUCCCGAGCGUCCAACAGAAAGCUUGAGCAUCAAAACGGGCGAUAUGCUCAUCGCGGCGGACGUCCUCGGCACGUCUGCACUUGGUCAUGAAACGGUUUGGCAGGGGGGUUCUGUCGCUGUCCAAGUUCCGUUUGAACCUGGAUUUAUUCCAGAUCAUCAUACAUCCCCUGGUUCUUGUCGGUAG